GGUCUCUCCACUUGCCCCGGUCACUCAUUUAGCAUUGAUGGAACAAUGGCAUGUCUACUGUCAGGAGUCCCACCCGAUGUCUUUCAAGCUCUUGGAUAUUGGUCCUCUUAUUCUUUCCUCCGAUAUUGGCACUUUCGAACUUCUAACAAGGUUGCAUGCAGAAUUAUUUCAGGCUUGCUUCCCAGUUUGGUUGUGCUUUUGUCUUGCACACGGCUUGGGGCGGGAGUCCCUUGUCCUCCCCUCGACAUAUACCUGAUCUCUUUUAUGGUCAAUCCGAUAAGACUAUUUGUAACCUCCGCAUAA